AUGGUGGGCUUGCCCAGAAGUAGGGGACACCUCCCAGCUGCCCUGCCCUUCCUGCAGUUUCAGGGCCUCUGGUAUAUAGUUGGGGCUGUGACAGACAACCAGGGCUUCCAGGACUCCAAGGACAACAUGAAGAUGCCCAUGGUCUCGGUGACCUCGUUGAGCAACGGUGACCUAGCUCUCAAGUUUGGGUACCCCACAUAAGUGUGAGGUCCCCCCAGGCCCAAUGGCGGAUGCCAGAAGAUAGAGACAACCUACACCAAGGGUCUGAUGGAUGGGCAGUUCAGCAACUCAGCUUAGACUCUCUGGCUCCCUGCCAUGGCACAGUCCGACAUCCUCAUGGCCUUCACUGACUACGAGCACUUCGCGGUGACGUACUUCGAGACGCAGAAGGCGGGUGCACGGAACUUCUGGCUGCAGCUCUACGGUGCUGCCGUUAGAGCAGCACGGUGGAGAGGGGCUGCCGAUUCCCAGACUCCAGGCACCAGCCGCUUCCUGGAGCUACCUGGGUCGGGUUGGGGUGUUGCUGUUCCUUGUGAGUGGGACCGUGUCUCCGUGUGUCCCCUGGGGACUCCGGGUCUGUGGUAGAAGGGUCUGG